CUCUAAAAACCGAGAAGCAGUUUAGGGUUCCGUCGAGCGCUGAAGUGGUGGAGAUUUGCAUUUGCCGAUAAAGGAGAAGUUGAGAUGGGAGGUCUGAGCUUCGAGGCUUGGAUGUGGAGCGCUGGAUGCUUCAUAUAGAGUUACAGAUUCUUCUUUGCUCCGAGGUUUCCUUAUCUCGGGUCCAUGGACCAGUAUGAGAAAGUUGAGAAGAUUGGAGAAGGAACUUAUGGUGUGGUUUACAAGGCUCGUGACCGUUUGACAAAUGAGACCAUAGCUCUUAAAAAAAUCCGACUGGAACAGGAAGAUGAGGGGGUUCCAAGCACUGCAAUAAGAGAAAUAUCCCUUUUGAAAGAAAUGCAGCAUGGAAACAUAGUCAGGUUGCAGGAUGUAGUUCACAGUGAAAAACGCUUGUAUCUUGUUUUUGAAUAUCUGGACCUGGACUUAAAGAAGCACAUGGAUUCUUGUCCAGAGCUUGCAAAGGAUCCACGUUUAAUUAAACUGUUUCUAUAUCAAAUUCUUCGUGGAAUUGCUUAUUGCCAUUCCCAUAGAGUUCUACACCGAGAUUUGAAACCUCAGAAUUUGCUUAUAGAUCGUCGUACCAACGCUUUGAAGCUUGCAGACUUUGGAUUAGCCAGGGCAUUUGGUAUUCCUGUUAGGACAUUCACUCAUGAGGUUGUAACACUGUGGUAUAGGGCACCAGAGAUCCUACUUGGUUCCCGCCAUUACUCUACCCCUGUUGAUGUGUGGUCUGUGGGUUGUAUAUUUGCUGAGAUGGUGAACCAGAAACCUUUAUUCCCGGGAGACUCUGAAAUUGAUGAACUGUUCAAGAUUUUCAGAUAUUUGGGUACUCCAAAUGAAGAAACAUGGCCUGGGGUGACCUCAUUACCUGAUUUCAAGUCUGCCUUUCCUAAGUGGCCUCCUAAGGAUCUUGCAACUGUGGUCCCAAACCUUGAACCAGCUGGAAUUGAUCUUCUUUCUAAAAUGCUCUGCUUGGAUCCGACCAAAAGAAUUACUGCACGGAAUGCACUCGAGCAUGAAUACUUCAAGGAUCUUGGAUUUGUACCUUGACCCUCCCUCUCCUCUCUAUAAUGGUGCUCCACAAAUUGUCUUUGUGAGUAUGUUGAUAUAGUAGCGAUUCAUGGAGUUUGAUUGUGUGAAAAUUAGUGCUUUCUUUCAAUGUAUUCUUUUCUUGUUUCUGGUUCAAGAGUUCAAGACACAUUAAACCAUUGCUCGAGUCUGCAGUCAUGGAAUUGUGGUCUCUGUUGGGAUUUUCAUGUCUCAAAAAAAUAUUAUUUCUGUGUAAAUUAAAUGGUAUUCACUUUUGAUACGCUUGCAAGUGGAUCUUCAUGCUUAUUUGGAAACUUCUUUCUUCC